AUGCGCGCGCUGCUGCCGCUGCUGCGCACGGGCCGGGGCUGGCGCGCGGGCGCCGCCGCCGCGACCUGCCUGCCGAGGGGGGCGAGCGCCCGGCCGGGGCCCCGCCGCGCCAUGGCCCUGUACCGCACCGAGGAGCGCGGCCAGCCCUGCUCGCAGGACUACCGCGUCUUCUUCAAGAAUGUAGCUGGUCACUACAUUUCCCCCUUUCAUGAUAUCCCUCUGAAGGUGGACUCUAAAGAGGAAAAUGGCAUUCCUACAAAGAAAGCACGAAAUGAUGAAUAUGAGAAUUUGUUUAAUAUGGUUGUAGAAGUACCUCGGUGGACAAAUGCUAAAAUGGAGAUUGCCACUAAGGAACCACUGAAUCCCAUUAAACAAGAUGUAAAGAAUGGCAAACUACGCUACGCGGCGAAUAUCUUCCCUCACAAGGGUUAUAUAUGGAAUUAUGGUGCCCUCCCUCAGACUUGGGAAGAUCCCCAUCAAAAAGAUAAGAGCACAAACUGCUGUGGAGAUAAUGAUCCUAUUGAUGUUUGUGAAAUAGGCUCAAAGGUUCUUUCUCGUGGAGAGGUUAUUCAUGUGAAGAUACUUGGAGUUUUGGGUCUUAUUGAUGAAGGCGAAACAGAUUGGAAAUUGAUUGCUAUCAACGCGAAUGAUCCUGAAGCUUCAAAAUUUCACGAUAUUGGUGAUGUUAAGAAGUUCAAACCAGGCUACCUGGAAGCUACCCUUAAUUGGUUCAGAGUUUAUAAGGUGCCGGAGGGAAAACCAGAAAACCAGUUUGCCUUCAAUGGAGAAUUCAAAAACAAGGCUUUUGCUCUCGAAGUUAUUGCAUCUACUCAUGAAUGCUGGAAGGCGCUGCUGAUGAAGAAGUGCAGCGCGGGGGCUAUAAGCUGCACCAACGUACAGGUGUGUGACAGUCCUUUCCACUGCACUCAGGAUGAAGCGAGAUCCUUAGUUGAGUCGGUCUCAUUUUCACUGAAUGAAGAAACUAAUGAAGAAGAGCAAGCGUGGUACUUCCUUGGCAAGUGACUGGAACAGUUGAAAUUCUGCCGUCAAGACUCCAAACCCCAAGGACUCCAAGACUUCCUUCCCCCUUAGUGCUAGAGACAGGCAGGUCUACGAGCAUUUGCUGAUUUCCUGUCAAAACUUCUUUUUUUCAAAUUUGUGGA